GGAACCAAUCGCGUGAACGUAUCAUGCUCAGCGUGCUUGGCAGGUCUCUGAUCAGUCGGAGGCUCACUGAUAGCGUAGGUAGUAGAUCUGUGGGCACAAUGGCAGAAGCUCUGGCUAAAAUUCCCGAUGUUGAGAUUGAUCCCGAGGGGACUUUUAAAUAUAUACUGCUAAGAGUUAAAGUAAAAGAUGGCGAUGCACAGAAAGACGUAGUACGAGGCACUAAAAGUGCGGAGUACCACAAUCACAUAUUUGAGAAGGUCAGUCCAGCUCUGGAGGCCUUAGGGAUGGAGUGUAAAUGCCUUGGAGGAGGGAAGAUUGAGCACAACAACAAGGACAAGAAGAUCAGGGUGUUUGGAGAAUCCACAGCUUUUGGGAAAGCAGACCACUCUGUGUCUGUUGAGAAGCUGAAAACUGUCUUCGGUGACUAUGAGGUCACUUGGUCCGAUGACAAAAAAUAGGAGACUUGUUCUCAUUUCCAAAUGCCUGCCUGUAUUUAUGCACCAAACCACAGAAUGAUACUUUAACCGUCUGGUCUGUUAUAUUUUAAAUACAGCAUUAAACUCUUUGGUCUCAGUGAAA